AAGGGGCAUGCACAGUACACUGCUUUUACUCCCUGCUCUUCAGAAGUGGAGUUGCUUUUUUGGUCUUUCUGUGUCUUUUUGUUCAUAAUUUUCCCUAAGUGUGGCAUGCACACAGUUACUUUUAGCCUCUUUAUUUUCUUUGUAUUUUGUAGCCCCGAGAGACAUUGGUCUAGGUGCAAGCAUUACAGAACUAGAGUAAAGGGUCCCAGGUCCCAGCCGAUCUCAGUAAGGCUUCCCAUGACAAAUGUACCAAUUCCACCACACUCUGGUGAACAGUAAACAUUAGAGCUAGUUAAAUUUUUCAGUAUAUCAGGUAGACAUAAUAUGAUGUCUUAUGAACAGUUGUUUCUUUUAUUUCUAAAGAUAACCACACUGUUAGGUGUUAUUUCCCUCUGUCCAGCCUGCUCGUAGGUAUAACCGCCCAUGCCCCUUUUAUUAUCGAAAAUUCAUUUCAGGGAUUUGGUGAAAAUAUCCACAGGGAAGUUUCCUGUCAGUGCUGGGAGGCUUUGCUGAUGUGAGAAACGUGCAGCCCGCAUGGCUGGAGAUCUGCUCCGUGUGAGCCGUGAGCCAGGCCUCUAGCCAAGGCCACCUCUGUCUUUGCUUUCGUUUUUGAUGUUGAUCUGGUGGCCCAGCUUGAUGGAGCUGAGGCCCAGCCAUCUGGAAUCGGUGAGGAAUUACUGCUGAGGGUCACCCUGGGGGUCAUGUCGCCCUCCACACCCCCCCCCCAACCUCUGCCUCUUCCCUGAAGAAGUAAAGGGUUGGAUUUCAGUGUAAUGUGACCCAGAGAUGAAAACUGCUGCUGAGGCUAAAACCCUAGAGGGACAGCUGGCAAAGAAAGAAGCAUCCUCGCUGAAGGCUGGUGAGCCCAGGACUGCAGCGGACGGGCCCCAGCAGUGCCAGGAGGGUGUCCGCUCCAGGGAGGACAGCCCCUGACCCAGGAUUUGGCCACACAGGGAUUCGAUGGACAGUGGCACAGGAAGGCCACUAAACAGUUACAACCAGGUGCCGGGGACAUGGGCAGCAAACUCUCUGUGCCAGGCAGUGAGCCCACAGUGCAGGGCCCGAGGACGGAAGGCAUUCAUGCUGCAUACAGGCGAGGCGACAUCAGCAGAGCCCAGCACCUGCUCCGAGAAGCUUGUGACGAGAGCACAUCCCAGCUGGAAAAGGGCCAGCUCCUGAGCAUCUCUGCAGCCUAUGGUGACCUGGAGACCGUCCGGUAUCUUCUCACUGAGAGGCUGGUGGAGCUACCAACAGAGCCCACCGAUGACAACCCCGCCGUGGUGGCAGCACAGUUUGGGCACGCUGAUGUUGUUCAGGAGCUACUCGAGUCUUUGCCAGGUCCCUGCAGCCCCCAGCGGCUCUUGAACUGGAUGCUGGCCUUGGCGUGCCAGCAGGGGCACCUGGCAGUAGUGAAGCUCCUGGUCCUGCGCCACGGGGCCGACCCCGAGAGCCACGCAGUCAGGAAGAACGAGUUCCCUGUCAUCGUGCGCCUGCCGCUAUACGCAGCCAUCAAGUCAGGGAAUGAAGAUAUUGCCAUAUUCCUGAUUCGGCAUGGAGCCUUUUUCUGCUCCUACAUUUUACUGGACAGUCCUGACCCCAGCAAGCAUCUCCUCAGGAAGUAUUUUGUUGAAGCAAGUGCUUUGCCCAGCAGUUGUCCGGGAAAAAUGGCUCUUCGUGUAAAAUGGUCCCACCUCAAGCUGCCCUGGGUGGAUCUGGACUGGCUCAUCGACAUCUCCUGCCAGAUCACAGAGCUGGAUCUUUCUGCCAACUGCCUGGCGUCCCUCCCCUCAGUCGUUCCCUGGGGCCUUAUCAACCUCCGGAAACUGAACCUCUCGGACAACCACCUGGGGGAGCUGCCCAGCGUGCAGUCAUCAGAUGAAAUCAUCUGUUCCAGGCUACUUGAAAUAGAUAUUUCCAGCAACAAAUUGUCCCACCUCCCACCAGGAUUCCUGCAUCUCUCAAAACUUCAAAAACUGACAGCUUCAAAAAACUAUUUGGAAAAAUUGUUUGAAGAAGAGAGUGCCACGAACUGGAUUGGUUUACGGAAGCUACAGGAGCUCGAUGUUUCUGACAACAAACUGACAGAACUCCCUGCACUUUUCCUCCAUUCUUUCAAAUCACUCAGUUGUCUGAAUGCCUCCAGAAAUAACUUGAGGGCACUUCCAGAUGCCUGGGCUUGUCCUUUGAAAUGUUGCAAAGCAUCCAAAAAUGCCCUGGAGUCUCUACCAGACAAAAUGGCUGUGUUUUGGAAGAACCACCUGAAGGAUGUGGACUUCUCAGAAAAUGCACUGAAAGAAGUUCCCUUGGGACUUUUCCAGCUUGAUGCCCUCAUGUCCUUGAAGUUACAGGGAAACCAGCUGGUAGCCCUCCCACCUCCAGAGAAGUGGACCUGCAGGCAGCUCAAAGCCCUGGAUCUCUCCAGAAAUCAGUUUGGCAAAAACGAAGAUGUCCUUAAAACAAAGCGCAUUUCCUUUUUCACCACCAGAGGCCGCCAGCGUUCGGGGACGGAGGCAGUGUGUGUACUGGAAUUUCCUGCUUUCCUGAGUGAGUCUUUGGAAGUCCUUUGUCUGAACGACAACCACCUGGAUGCAGUCCCACCUUCAGUUUGCCUACUGAAGAGCCUAUCAGAACUCUACUUGGGAAACAAUCCUAGCCUCCGAGAGCUCCCUCCUGAGCUGGGGCAGCUGGGCAACCUCUGGCAGUUGGACAUUGAAGACCUGAAUAUUGGCAACGUGCCUGCAGAGAUCAGAAAAGAAGGCCCCAAAGCGAUGCUGUCUUACCUGCGUGCUCAGCUGCGGAAAGCAGAGAAGUGCAAGCAGAUGAAGAUGAUCAUCGUGGGUCCGCCGCGUCAGGGCAAGUCCACCCUCCUGGAGAUCUUACAGACGGGGAGGGCCCCCCAGGUGGUACACAGCGAGGCCACCAUCAGGACCACCAAGUGGGAGCUGCAGAGGCCGGCUGGCUCGAGAGCCAAGGUUGAGUCUGUGGAGUUCACCGUCUGGGACAUCGGCGGCCCCGCCAGCAUGGCCACGGUCAACCAGUGCUUCUUCACAGACAAGGCCCUGUAUGUGGUGGUCUGGAACCUGGCUCUGGGGGAGGAGGCCGUGGCCAGCCUUCAGUUCUGGCUGCUCAACAUCGAGGCCAAGGCCCCAAACGCCGUGGUGCUGGUGGUGGGAACACACCUGGACUUAAUUGAAACCAAAUUCCGCGUGGAGAGGAUUGCCACUCUGCGUGCCUAUGUGCUGGCCCUCUGCCGCUCACCCUCUGGGUCCAGGGCCACUGGCUUCCCAGACAUCACGUGUAAACACCUACACGAACUCUCCUGUAAGAGCCUGGAAGGUCAGGAAGGGCUGCGGCAGCUCAUUUUCCAGGUCACAUGCAACAUGAAGGACGUGGGCAGCACCAUAGGCUGCCAGCGACUUGCAGGGAGGCUGAUCCCCAGGAGCUACUUGAGCCUCCAGGAGGCCGUGCUGGCGGAGCAACAGCGCCGCAGCCUGAGCGACGACGUGCAGUACCUGACAGACCGGCAGCUGGAGCAGCUGGUGGACCAGAUGCCCGGCAGCGAUAUCCGGGACUAUGAGGACCUGCAGUCUGCCAUCAGCUUCCUCAUCGAAACGGGCUCCCUGCUGCACUUCCCCGACACCAGCCACGGCCUGAGGAACCUCUACUUCCUCGACCCCAUCUGGCUGUCCGAGUGUCUGCAGAGAAUCUUCAACAUCAAGGGCUCGCGGUCGGUGGCCAAGAACGGGGUGAUUAGGGCCGAGGACCUGCGCUUGCUGCUGCUUGGCACUGGCUUCACGAAGCAGACGGAAGAGCAGUAUUUCCAGUUCCUGGCCAAAUUUGAGAUCGCCCUGCCCGUCGCCAACGACAGCUAUCUCCUGCCUCAUCUCCUUCCAUCCAAACCCGGCCUGGACACCCACGGCAUGCGGCACCCCACAGCCAACACCAUUCAGAGAGUGUUUAAGAUGAGCUUCGUUCCGGUUGGCUUCUGGCAGAGGUUUAUAGCACGGAUGCUGAUCAGCUUGGCAGAGAUGGACCUCCAGCUGUUUGAAAACAGGAAGAACACUAAGAGCAGGCACAGGAAAGUCACCAUUUAUAGUUUUACAGGAAACCAGAGAAAUCGUUGCAGCACAUUCAGAGUGAAAAGGAACCAGACCAUCUAUUGGCAGGAGGGGCUCCUGGUCACUUUUGAUGGGGGCUACCUCAGUGUGGAAUCCUCAGAUGUGAACUGGAAAAAGAAAAAAAGUGGAGGAAUAAAAAUCAUGUGCCAAUCAGAAAUAAGGGACUUCUCGGCAAUGGCUUUUAUCACAGACCAUGUCAACUCCUUGAUUGAUCAGUGGUUUCCCGCCCUGACGGCCACGGAAAGUGACGGGACCCCACUGAUGGAGCAGUAUGUGCCCUGCCCAGUCUGCGAGGCCUCCUGGGCUCAGCACAGCAACCCCAGUGAGAGAUCAGAGGACGUGCAAUACUUCGACAUGGAAGACUGCGUGCUGACAGCCAUCGAGCGGGACUUCAUCUCCUGCCCCAGGCACCCUGACCUCCCAGUGCCUCUCCAGGAGCUGGUCCCCGAGCUGUUCAUGACUGACUUCCCGGCCAGGCUCUUCCUGGAGAACAACAAGCUGGAGCACAGUGAGGAUGAGAGCGCCGUCCUGGGCCAGGGCGGGAGUGGCACCGUCAUCUACCGGGCCAGGUACCAAGGCCAGCCUGUGGCUGUGAAGCGAUUCCAGAUCAAGAAAUUCAAGAACUUUGCAAAUGCCCCUGCAGAUACCAUGCUGAGGCACCUGCGGGCCACCGACGCCAUGAGGAACUUCUCAGAGUUCCGGCAGGAGGCCAGCAUGCUGCACGCCCUGCAGCACCCCUGCAUCGUGUCGCUCAUCGGCAUCAGCGUCCACCCACUCUGCUUCGCGCUGGAGCUCGCCCCACUGGGCAGCCUCAACACCGUGCUGUCUGAGAAUGCCAGAGAUUCCUCCUUUAUGCCCCUGGGACACAUGCUCACCCAAAAAAUAGCCUACCAGAUAGCCUCUGGCCUGGCCUACCUGCACAAGAAAAACAUCAUCUUCUGUGACCUAAAGUCCGACAACAUCCUGGUCUGGUCUCUGGACAUCAAGGAGCACAUCAACAUCAAGCUGUCCGACUACGGCAUCUCCCGGCAAUCGUUCCACGAGGGCGCCCUCGGUGUGGAGGGCACUCCCGGCUACCAGGCCCCGGAGAUCCGGCCUCGCAUCGUGUAUGACGAGAAGGUAGACAUGUUCUCCUAUGGGAUGGUGCUCUACGAGUUGCUGUCAGGACAGCGGCCUGCACUGGGCCAGCACCAGCUUCAGAUCGCCAAGAAACUGUCCAAGGGCAUCCGCCCAGUUCUGGGUCAGCCAGAGGAAGUGCAGUUCCAUCGACUGCAGGCACUAAUGAUGGAGUGCUGGGAUACGAAGCCGGAAAAGCGACCACUGGCCCUGGCGGUGGUGAGCCAGAUGAAGGACCCGACCUUUGCAACCUUCAUGUACCAACUGCCCUGCGGGAAGCAGACGUCCUUCUUCUCAUCCCAGGGCCAGGAGUACAUGGUGGUGUUCUGGGAAGGCAAGGAGGAGUCCAGGAACUACACGGUGGUGAACACGGAGAAGGGCCUUCUGGAAGUGCAACAUAUGAGCUGUGCGGGAAUGAAGCUGAGCUGCCAACUCAAGAUCCAGAACUCGCUGUGGACGGCCACCGAGGACCAGAAGAUCUACAUCUACAGCCUCAAGGGCAUGUGUCCACUGAACACACCCCAGCGGGCUUUGGACACCCCGGCCAUCGUCACCUGCUUCUUGGCGGUACCUAUUAUAAAAAAGAACUCCUACCUGGUGCUGGCGGGCCUGGCGGACGGCCUGGUGGCGGUGUUCCCGGCGGCAUGGGGCGCCCCAGACCCCGGCUGCUCCUACCUCUGCUCACACACGGCCAACAGGGCCAAGUUCAGCAUCCCCGACGAGGACGCCCGGCAGAACCCCUACCCGGUGAUGGCCAUGGAGGUGGUCAACAGCGGGUCCGAGGUCUGGUACAGCAAUGGGCCAGGCCUGCUGGUCAUUGACUGUGCGGCCCUGGAGAUACGCCGGCGGCUAGAGCCCUACACGGCGCCCUCGGUGGUCACGUCUGUGGUGUGCGGCUCGGAGUGCCAUGGUGAGGAGGUGGUGUGGUGCCUGGACGACAGGGCCAACUGCUUGGUGAUGUACCACUCGGCGACCUACCAGCUGUGCGCCCGCUACUUCUGCGGGGACCCCAGCCCCAUUGGGGACGUGUUUCCCGUGCGCCCGAUGGGCCCACCUCCCCUGGACAGCCCCGUGGCCAGCCUGAGGGAGCCCGCGAGGGGCUCCAUUGCCGACGUGAGCUUCAUGUUCAGCGAGGAGCUGGGCACGCAGAUCCUCACCCACCAGGACUCGCUGACCGACUACUGCUCCCUGUCCAGCCUGCCAUGCUCCCCAGCGAGCUCUGCCAGCUUGCCCUUCUCCGCUGACUGCGAGGAUACCAGCCAGCUGCCCGAGCCAGCCGCGGGCUCCGACAGGUCGGCGCAUGACCUGAGCCCCGUGGAUGGCGAGGCGUUCAGCCAGCACCUGCAGGCUGUGAAGAUCCUCGCCGUGAAAGACGUCAUCUGGGUCCCCAGGCGCGGUGGAGAUAUCAUUGUCAUUGGCCUGGAGAAGGAGGCAGGAACUCAGCGGGGCCGCGUGAUUGCUGUCUUGAAAGCCCGAGAGCUGACUCCACACGGGGUUCUCACGGAUGCUGCCGUGGUGGCAAAGGACACGGUUGUAUGCGGCUUUGAGAACGAAAAUCUAGAGUGGUGCCUGGCUGUCUGGAGGGGCUGGGGCACGCAGGAGUUUGACAUUUUCUACCAGUCCUAUGAGGAGCUGGGCCGGCUGGAGGCGUGCGUGCGGAAGAGGAGCUCCCCGGCUCUCAGCACCUUUCUCAAGCUCCCGCGUCCCCGGGGCCUGGGGGCCCCGCUUGGGCAGGCGGAGAUCAGAUGUCUCCCGCUUGGGAAAGCCUGUGUGUGAAAAGCCUCAGAAGGACCCCGAGAGGAGCACUGCCCGGCGUGGGGAUGAAUGGGCUCCUUUAAGUGACGGGCCGGGAAGCCAAGGGCCGCACAGGGCAGAGCGCGCCUCAGCCGCUGCAUUCUUCUUCUGCCGACAGAAGGCAGGAGAGACUCCAUCAGCAGGACUUGAGAAAGGGCCUGUGUUUACAGCUUUGUGAAAUAAACUCAGACGCAGCUGCAGCAUAAGCCCUGUUUGUUUGCACAUAAUAAGCUUUUCUAUUACUUUAACAUAUUAAGUCAUAUCUCAAUGGUUAGACCUCUUAUUGUGAAAUCACAUCAUAUGGGACUUAUAUCAAAUUAUCUGUUUGCUAAACAGUACAGCAGAAUAAAAAAAAAAUGAAAUUGUCAAAGGGAGAUGUAUGGGUACGACAGCAAGAACUUUCAUAAAGGAUGCACACACUUGUGUGUACACAUGCAUGCAUUCACAUUCACAUCACCACCAAGAGUAACUGUUUGAGGCUGCUUAACCCAGAAAAGGAGUGGGAACCUGAGAUCAUCCUCCAGUGCAAACUGUUGACUUUUUCCUAAAAUUAAAUUAUAAAAAUUAAACUUUAGAUUUUGCUGGGGUAUGUAGGCAAAUGUGAUUCCUUUUAUCUGAAAAUAAACAGACUCUGAAGAUGAA